CCACCGUCAUAUGACAUGCAGUGCACAUCAACAUGGCGGCUUACCGUAACACAGCUGUGCUGCUGCUGUUUUCGUUUUUGCAAGCCUGUGUUUCUGGACUUCCAACAAAUGCUCGCGACCCCGUGUGUGGAUAUAAGUCAUGUCCCGCGACGCAGCCAUCUAUGCUGAAUGUCCACUUGGUUCCUCACACACAUGACGAUGUCGGCUGGCUCAAGACGGUCGACCAGUACUACUAUGGAGACCGUAAUGAUAUCCAGCAUGCGGGGGUGCAGUACAUCCUGGACUCUGUGGUGCAGGAGCUCCAGAAGGACCCGUCGCGUCGCUUCAUCUACGUGGAGUCGGCCUUCUUCUACCGCUGGUGGAAACAGCAGAAGCAGGCCAUGCGCCGCACAGUCACCCAGCUAGUCAACGAAGGUCGUCUGGAGUUCAUCAAUGGAGGCUGGUGCAUGAGUGACGAGGCCACCACCCACUACAGUGCGGUGAUCGACCAGAUGACGCUGGGCCUGCGCUUCCUCAACGACACCUUCGGGCCCUGUGGACGCCCUCGAGUCGCCUGGCACAUUGACCCCUUUGGACACGCGCGGGAGCACGCCUCCAUCUUUGCCCAGAUGGGUUACGAUGGCUUCUUCUUUGGCCGUCUGGACUACCAGGAUAAGCAGCGGCGUACAGUGGCCAAGGAGCUGGAGCUGCUCUGGAGGGCCAGUGAGAGCCUCUCUGCCCCAACCGCUGACCUGUUCACUGGUAUCCUUCCCAAUGGCUACAACCCCCCGGCUUACUUCUGCUGGGACCAGUUCUGUGACGACGCGCCCAUUCGAGAUGACCCCGACUUGGAGGAUUUUAACGUGCACGAAAUAGUGCAGCUGUUUCUGGAGACGGCCCGCAAUCAGUCCAAGAUGUACAAGACCAAUCACAUCAUCAUGACCAUGGGCUCCGACUUCCAGUACGAGAACGCCAACCUGUGGUUCAAGAACAUGGACAAGCUGAUCCGCUACGUCAACGGGCAGCAGGCCGCGGGGAGCCAGGUCAACGUGCUCUACUCCACGCCGUCGUGCUACCUGCAGGAGCUACACCGAGCCAACUCUACAUGGGCCCUGAAGACAGAUGACUUCUUCCCGUAUGCGGAUGAUGCCCAUGACUUCUGGACAGGCUACUUCACCAGCAGGCCUGCACUCAAGCUGUACGAGAGGAAAAGCAACAGCCUCCUGCAGACGUGUAAUCAGCUGGAGGUUCUGGGUGGACCCCAGUCCAGGAGUGGGCCAUUCGGCAAGGGAAGCAGCGACUUCAUGAGGAGGGCCAUGGCGGUGGCCCAGCAUCAUGAUGCCGUGUCCGGUACGGAGAAGCAGCACGUGGCAUACGACUACGCACGCAGACUGGCCACCGGAUGGGACUACUGCCAGGUGGUGGUAAUGAACUCUAUGGCAGUGUUGAGUGGCUCUGAUGUCUCCCGUGUGUUCUGUGAGAAGCUCAACAUCAGCGUGUGCCCCCUGACUGAGGCCAGUAAAAUGUUCUCCAUGAAUGUGUAUAACCCCUUGGCUCGGCCGGUCAACUGGUAUGUGCACCUGCCUGUGAACGGCAGUGCCUACAGUGUGGCAGAUGCCCAGGGCAAUCCUGUAUCCUGCGAGGUGAUCCCCGUGUCCAAGGCCACCCAGGUGCUGCGUGGUGAUCAGAGCUGGGCUCAGAACGAGCUGGUGUUCCAGGUGCAGGCCCCUCCUCUGGGCUACACCACCUACUCCAUCUCCCUGCUCCAGAAUCGGCCUCCACCACCACCACCAAGGCCCAACGCCCCGCUCACCAUGCAGAACAAGUUCCUCAAAGUGACCUUUGACCCAGCCACCGGUCUCCUGAGCGGCCUGAGCAACCUGGAGACCCAGCAGAGCAUCAAACUCAGCCAGAACUUCUACUGGUACAAUGCCAGUGCGGGUAACAACGAGGAGAGUGACCAGCCGUCAGGAGCCUACAUCUUCAGACCCAACACCUCCACCCCUUUCAUCAUCAGCAAGAGCGCCAAGCUCCAGAUCGUACAGAAUGGUGUGGUGCAGGAGGUGAGGCAGGUGUUCAGCCCCUGGGUCUCCCAGGUGGUCAGACUGCACGAGGAGAGCCGAGAGCUGGAACUGGAGUGGACCGUCGGACCCAUACCUAUACAGGAUGCCCUGGGUAAGGAGGUGAUCACGCGUCUGGACAGCAGCAUCCAGACUGAUGGCUACUUCUACACUGACUCCAAUGGCAGAGAGGUGCUGGAGCGCCGGAGGGACUACCGGCCCACGUGGGAUCUGAAGCAGUCGGAGCCCAUCGCUGGGAACUACUACCCCAUCAACUCACGUGCCUACAUCAAGGACAAGGCGAGUCAGCUGACGGUGGUGACUGAUCGUUCCCAGGGUGCCAGCAGCAUCAUAGAUGGCUCUCUGGAGAUCAUGCUUCACCGGCGUCUGCUGUACGACGACGUGCGCGGCGUGGGGGAACCCCUGAACGAGACGGGGGGCUGGGGGUCGAGCGAGGGCCUGGUGGUCAGGGGGCGUCUGCUGGUCACCCUCACCCCACCAGAGACGGCCGCCGACACACACAGGCCACUGGCCCAGCAGCAGGUGCUGCAACCGCUGCUGAGCUUCAGCGAGGGGAAGGCCAAACCCACCACACGACUGGAGUUCUCUGGUCUGCAGGCUGCACUGCCCCCUGCUGUUCACCUGCUGACGGUGUCCCAAUGGGACUUUGACUCUGUUCUCCUGCGGCUGGAGCACCAGUACCAGAGUGGGGAGAGCAAGGCCUACUCGCAGCCAGUUACCGUUAACCUGCAGAAGCUGUUCUCUGAGGUGGAGGUGCUGGGGGCCACAGAGAUGAGCCUGGGGGCCAACCAGUGGAAGAGCGAAAUGACACGCCUGGACUGGAGACCCAGCACAGGAGAAGCAGUGCCACCACCAUCCAAACGACCUGCUGACCCCUCGCCAUGGGAGGUCACCCUCAAGCCAAUGGAGAUCCGCACCUUCCUGCUUCGGAUCAAACAGAGCUAGCCAAUCAAAAUGCGGAAACGGCAGAAUUGGAGCCAAUCACAGGACAGAAUCAGAUGAAUGUGAACCAAUCAGGAAAAUAUCCAGUACAUUGGAAAAAAAUCCAUCCCAGUCAUCAACGGGGAGAAUUGGAGCCGACUACAGAACACAGACAGGAGAAUUUGAGCCAAUCCGAUAUGGGUCUAUCAGGAAAAAUGUGUACAUGAUAAAAUCAAUUCAAAAUACAGGACAUAACUGUCAAUGCUGCCAAAAGAGAGAUGGACAUCACCUCUUGACCUCUCUCUCUCUCUCUGUUCUUCCUUUCAUUUCUUUAUUCUUUCUCGCUCACCUUGACUUUGCCUCAGUGUUCCAGGGCUCACCACGAGCUGCGUUUGUGUAAUUCAACACACACAACCUCCAACCCCCUCCUCACUCACCACAGAUUGGGAUGAUUGCAGGGGGGGCUCGUCUUUGGUUUCAUCCAUCUUUUAUGACCAAUUAUUUUUGGUCGCAGGGAAAAAAAAAAGACAAAACGCCACCUCAGCAAAAUCCUUCUCGGCUUCCUCCCUCUCAACAUCAUCACUGAAGCGAGUUAUUAUGUUGUUUUUUUUUUUUUUUUAAACCGGUAGCUUCCUCCCUGCCUGCACUGUCACGUAAAACGACCGCUGUGGUGAAUAUUUUUUUCGAUCUGCAAUGUCAAUCAGCUGCCGGCCAACCGGGGAUUCUCAUUAUGUGUCCCGUGUUCACAGCAGGGGUGGGUUUGAAGGGAGCAUUUAGAGAUUAUUGGGUUUUAAAAAGGAGACUGAAGCCUGUGAAGUGUGUGGGUUUUUAUAUAUACAGUUGAGGACGAUAUUAU